AUGUUUACUCAACGGCAAGGCGUUUCAGCUCUGGACGAAGCUACCCUAGCGUUUCUCGCAGCAUUAGUUGUCAUUGGACUCUCCAUUGUGGUCCUCUCUGGGUAUCAUUUCCUUGCAGCCCCAAACACCAGAUGGAUCCCCAGAGCUGGCAAGGCUCCGGGGUGGUUUGGCCUAGCCAACGCCAAACGAGACUUCAUUGAAAAUGGGGCCAAAAUUAUUGAUCAGGGAUAUCUCAAGUACAAGAAGGAUUCUGCAUUUCUCGUACAGACGGCAGACAUGGAGCGGAUCGUCCUUAGUCCGAAAUACCUGCAUGAGAUCCGCACUGCGCCCGAGUCGGUCCUCAGCCUGAGAGAGGGGAUGAGCCAGGUGGGUAACUUGUUAACUGACAAGCGAGUUAGCCUUACAUCCUUCGAUCUGCAGCUAACGGGUUUCAUCUAUACAGAGGCACCUGGGCAAAUUCACGACACUGGAUGUGAUCCUGACGAGCCACCUGCAAAGCAGUACGCCCUCACCACGCCGAUGCAUGAGGAGGCCCAGUUCUGGCUGGCGCAGCGGAUACCGAUCGACAAGCCCUCAUCCGCAGUUCUGGGCCACGACACUCUCCUCGGCGUCGUUGCAGGAAUCUCUUCGCGAGUCCUGGUUGGUCUGCCCAUGGGCAGGGACCAGGACUGGCUCCGAACUGUUGUGGGCUACACGAUAGAUGUCAUGCAAGCAUCGGCAGGCCUGCGGCCGUAUCCAACUCUGCUGCGCCCGCUCGUUGCGCCGUGGCUGGGAUGCAUCAAAAGACUCCAGCGACACUUGGACACGGCCCAUCGCUGCUUCGGCAACGUCUUCGCCCAGAGACUGGCUGAUCCAUCCAGGACAGAGGGAGAGCAGAAUGUGAUACAGUGGAUGGCCGAGGCUGCCACCGGCGACGACAGAAACCCCGAAGUGCUCGUCAAGAAGCUGCUGUUCAUCACGCUCGCUGCCGUGCAUACGAGCACCAUGGCAGCGACCCAUGCGCUGUUCGACCUCUGCGUCAUGCCAGAGUACAUACCCCUGUUGCGCAAGGAGCUGGACGAGGUCAUUGCCAAACACGGCUGGACCCUGGCUGCGAUCAAUAACAUGCCGGUGCUUGAUAGCUUUCUCAAGGAGUCCCAGCGCAUCAACCAUCCUGGGCUGCUCUCAUUCAACCGCAAGGUCCUGCAGCCUCUGCGCCUCUCAGACGGCACAGUGAUUCCUGCAGGCAGUUUCAUCUCGAUGGCAACCAGCUCGAUCGCCCGAGACCCGGAGCACUACCCAGAACCGGAGCGCUUUGACGGCCUGCGGUUCUACAACAUGCGUAAGGCGUCCAAUGGCGACUCUAGCAAGCGUCAUCAGUUCGUGAGUACGGGGCCGGAGAACCUGGCCUUUGGCUUUGGCAAGUUUGCGUGCCCGGGGCGUUUCUUUGCCGCAGCUCAGAUCAAGGUGAUAAUGGCCACCAUCAUCUUGAGGUACGACGUCUCCUUCCCAGACGGCCAGAAGACACGGCCGCAGAAUACUUUUGUAGGAGAAUCCAUCGGCCCAGAUCGCAGGCAAGUAAUUGUGUUUCGGCGUCGAAGCGACGUUUAA